AUGGGUGGCGGCGCUUCCAAGACAUCCUCCGGCGCCAUGGCCGCGCCAUCGCCCGCGGGCCCUCCCGCCAAGGGGCUCACGCCCCAGAAGAAGGCUGCGAGCCCCAGCGUGGCCAUCGUCUACUACUCCACUUAUGGCCACAUCAAGGCGCUCGCCGAUGAGAUCAAGGCAGGUCUGGAAGCGGCGGGCGUGAACGUGGACCUCUUUCAGGUCCCCGAAACACUUCCUGCGGAGGUGCUGAAGGCGAUGUCGGCCCCUGAGAAGCCGGAUGACGUCAUGCUGCUUGACUACGACUUCCUCAAGGAGCUGCCAAACUACGACGGCUUCAUGUUCGGAAUGCCCACACGUUUCGGCAUGAUGGCCGGGCAGAUGAAGACCUUCUUCGACAGCACCGGGCAGCUGUGGGCAUCUGGGGCUUUGGCCGGCAAGCUGGCUGCCACCUUCGUGAGCACCGGCACGCAGCAGGGCGGACAGGAGACCACCCACUUCACUGCCGUCACGCAGCUGGUGCAUCACGGCAUGGCCUACGUGCCCUUGGGGUAUCAGGCCGGAGGCGAAGGCCAGUUCGACCUCAGCGAGAUUCAUGGGGGCUCUCCGUGGGGAGCCAGCACCCUGGCUGGGGCAGAUGGUAGCCGCCAGCCCAGCGCCAAGGAGCUGGCGAUUGCCAAGAAGCAGGGCCAAGUCUUUGGAGCCACGGUGGCCCAGUCGACCUCGACGCCCGCUGAGCGCGAGCUGAAGGUCUGCAUCGUGUACUACAGCCUCUACGGGCACGUGAAGAAGCUCGCCGACGAGAUUGCUGCGUCCAUGCGCGAGGAGGGAGUCACAGUGGACCUCUUCCAGGCUCCCGAGCUCCUGGGCCCGGAGGUCCUCGAGAAGAUGGGGGCGCCCCCGAAACCCGAGGACCCUGUGAUGGACUACGCGGCCGUGUCGAAGCUCGCGGAGUACGACGGGAUCAUGUUCGGGCUGCCGACGCGCUUCGGCAGCGCGUCCGCGCAGAUGAAGUCCUUCUUCGACAGCACGGGGGCCCUGUGGCAGUCGGGCGCGCUGGCCGGGAAGCUGGCUGCCAGCUUCGUGAGCACUGGCACCCUGAACGGUGGGCAGGAGUCGACGCACAUGACCACCCUGACGAACAUGGUCCACCAUGGCAUGAUUUACGUGCCUCUGGGCUAUCAGGCCGGAGGGGAUGGUCAAUUCGACAUGACUGAGAUCCACGGUGGCUCACCCUGGGGUGCAAGCACCUACGCCGGAGCGGAUGGAAGCCGCCAGCCCAGUGCAAUGGAGAUGAGCAUCGCCAAGAGGCAGGGCAAGGUCUUUGCGGCCAAGGACAAGUUGGUCCGCAUCUGGAAAUUUCCCGAGGGCGACUUGUUGGGAGAGUGCAAAGGACACCGGCGAGGUGUCUGGUGCGUGGCCUUCUCCCCCAUCGACCAGGUGGUGGCGUCUGCUUCCGGCGACGCCACCGUCCGCCUGUGGAACCUGAAGGAUUUCAGGGCCAUCCGCUCCUUCCAGGGUCACAGCAGCGCGGUUCUGCGCGUGGCCUUCCUGGCGAAUGGCAUGCAGCUGAUGAGCAGCAGCGUGGAUGGGCUGCUGAAGCUCUGGCACAUCAGGACCGCAGAGUGCGCAGCAACGUUUGAAGAGCAUACUAGCAAAGUCUGGUGCAUCUUGGUAACCCAGUGGUAUCCUUUACCCUUUCUUUGGUUCUGGGUUCCCUUCUAA